ACAGUUUGUAUUUAUUUGAAUGGUGCUGACUUUGCCGUGUUGGUGAACAUGCACUAAAGUGGCUGUUAAUCCUUUUAAUUUUUUUUUUCCAAAUCAGCAUCUGUCUAAUAUCGCAUUUGGACGUUGUUAUUAAAAAUAGAAGAAACCUACGCGGCGUUUACAAAAUGUAAUGUAAAUAUUAGCAUAUAUAGACCCCUUUCACUGACGUCACCCGAAACCGGAAGUAAACAGACCCUGCGCCAUUUUGGAAGAUCAACAAACUCGUGAUAACGGCAGCGUAGACUUGAAAGAAACCUGUGUGAGACUUGGCAAAAAACUGUGGAUAUAAUGGAUAAGUCUGUGCAUGAUCUGCGGACACUUUGAGACUGUCUGAUUAUGGCCACUGGGAACGAUGCAGAAGUCCACAGGCUCAAGCAAGCCAAAGCCCUUGAUCUUUUCAACCACAGAAGUGCUCCUGGAGAUGAAGAGAACAUGAGGGAGGUGGAUUAUUUAUAUAAGGAAGAAAUAGAUAAAGACAGAUUUCCAGUGGGGCGUUGCAUGCACAACUACAGCAAAGUAAAACGAGUGGUGAACAAGAAGACGCGUCAUUCAGCGGGGGGCUCUGCAGUUCGACUGCGAGCGUCGUCAGCAAGCAGACCCUCUGACAUGGCCAACAAGGAGAAUGAGCUGACGUGUGCCGAGGACGUUCCGGGCGUUCACUAUAAGGACAAGUGUGCGUUCCUUGUGAACUCGACAGACGCUUCUAAAAUGGCAGGCGAUGGCUCCAAGUACAGCGACUACUUCACUGAGUUAUCCAAGGACCAUGACACUAUGACUCAUGUGCUCUUUGGGAGGAAUCUCAGGUUAAAUGUGGCUUUGACGCUUUGGCGAAGAAACGCCAGUGAACUAGUUGCUUAUUUGAUCAGAAUACAAGACACAGGAGUGCUGGUUGACUGUCUUCCUGUUCUCACCAAAAGCCUUCAGGAAGAACAAUCAUGUGUUUCCAUUGGUUGCUGUGUGGACCUUUUACCACAAGUGAAGACAAUACUUCUUGGCAGAUAUGAAGUGCAUCUCACUGUGGCUUUGCACUGGGUUCAAUCAGUUGUUAAGAAAUGGUGGCCUGAACUCUCAUCAAAUGGAAAAACUCUGCAAGAUCAUUGUUCAAAUGAGAAAAAUGUUCAGGCAAUGCGAAAGCUGCUGCUUGAUCUUUGGGAUGAUACAUGUCCAUUAUCGUCAGUACCUGGAACUGUGGGAGAAAUAAGCAAGGCAAUUGAAUCCUAUCUGUCAAAACUGCGCUGAUGUCUCAACAUGGAACACUUAAGGAAACGACCACUACACGCACUUGCUGCGGUUUUCAAAGCUGCUCUUUUGAACAGCAAGAUAAACUGAGUCUUUGGAUUACUCCAGAAUAGGAUGUGAUUCGAUGGGGAGACAGAUGAACUGACCAAUUUAGACCCUCCCUGUAUCCAAGCUGGAGACAUGUCUUAAAGGGUAAACCGUUUUCCCAUAAACCCUGACUGCUUCACAUUGAAGUGGACUUUUUUUUCCAUUAGUGACACUCCGUCAACUCUAUGAGACUGUAAAGAAUCAGGUAACUCACAGAAGUGCCAUGGAGAAGUUUUAACUCGCACUUGCAGUGCCACAGUGUGCACUUGCGGAAGUGGAUUUGACGUGCUGUGUCCCGAGUCGGCUUCUUGUCCAACGUCUUAUCGAUGAAAAAGCUUAUAGUCCUGCAGUCUUAAGUUAUUGAAGCAUUCACUGUCUUGUGCUUGUUCAUGAACGAAAUGAUUGUGCAUCAUGGUGAUUUUCUUUUAAUCAACUUCUGAAUAAAUUUGCAAAAAUUGCCAAAUG